AUGGUAUUAACCCAUCAGGCAAGACGCACCGGUUCCUACGACAAGUUUCCCACCUCGCAGCUAUUUCUCUUGGCAAUAUGUCGUGUGGCCGAGCCCAUUGCCUUGACCUCCAUCUUUCCCUACUCGUGGGUGAUGGUCAAGGACCUCCAUAUGGCUGAGGGAGAAGAUGCCUCGUUCUACGCCGGGAUUCUCAUCGCUGCCUUCUCGCUCGCCGAGGCUCUCACUGGGAUGUUCUGGGGUGGUCUAUCCGACAAGGUCGGCCGCAAGCCUGUCCUCAUCUCCGGCUGUCUGGGCACCAUGCUCUCCCUGCUGCUUGUCGGUCUGGCACCGAAUUUCUGGAUCGCUCUGAUCGGUCGUGCCCUGGGCGGUGCCUUGAAUGGGAACAUCGGUGUCAUCCAGACCAUGGUCGGAGAGCUGGUCAAGAACCCGGACCAUGAACCUCGGGCUUACGCGGUGAUGCCCUUCGUUUGGUCCAUUGGAACCAUCAUUGGACCAGCUAUCGGUGGCUUGCUCGCCAAACCAACCGAAACCUUCCCCUCGGUCUUCGCCCCGAGUGGGAUCUUUGGCAAGUUUCCCUAUCUGCUUCCAAACCUCGUCUGUUCCGGUCUUCUCGUCUUCAGCAUUAUCGGCAGCUGGUUCUUUCUGGAGGAAACCCAUCCAGACAUGCAGCCAUCCUAUUACGGUGAGGACGAAGGUAGAGACGCUGCUCACCCGUCGCAGCAGCCAUUGCUGCCCACCGGCGAAAGUACCAUCGCCGCCAGCAUGGUCGACACCCGGGGCGAGUCUUACGGAACGUUCGCCCAUCCUCAGCUGUCACAGAAGUCGCCACCAACCCCUUCCUCCAUCUUUACUUGGCGGGUGGUCAUGCUCAUCACCGCUCUCGGGAUCUUCACCUAUCACUCCAUGACCUACGAUCAUCUGCUGCCCAUCUUCCUCCAGGACGCCAACAGUAGACACAACGGUUCGCUCUGGGACAUGGCGGGUGGUAUGGGCCUCUCGACUCAAACAGUCGGCUUGAUCAUGUCCACCGACGGCAUCAUCGCCCUGGUCAUCCAGACCGUGAUCUUCCCCGCCUUGGCUCAAGCACUGGGCGUGUGGAAGCUGUUCGUCGUCGUGACUGUCCUCCAUCCGCUGACCUACUUCAUCGUCCCCUUUCUAAUAUUCCUCCCGUCAUCGCUCACGCUUUACGGCAUCUACGCUUGCCUGGUCAUCCGCAACAUCCUUUCCAUCAUCGACUACCCGGUCCUGCUGAUCCUCAUCAAACAGGCUAGUCCCUCCGACUCGGUCAUGGGCAAGGUCAACGGUCUUGCAGCCUCCGUCGGGGCGGCCUCGCGCACCGCCGCCCCCCCUGUCGCGGGCUACCUCUACAGCACCGGCUCCAAGCUUCACUGCACCGCAAUCGCCUGGUGGGGGAGCACCAUCGUUGCCCUGAUCGGUGCACUGCAGUUGUGGUUCAUCGACCGCAAGAAAGACGCCUCAACAGUCUCGGCUCUCCAGUCCACCGAUUGGGCGCUGGCGGAGGCCAUGGCUCAGAAGGAGGAGAUGCUUUGCCUACUGGACUCGGAGGCUUCCGCCAACACGGAAUACCAGUCUUAA